AUGACCUACACCCUCGAGCCGCCUCUCCCAAAGACGCCCACGCCAGGCGACUACGAGCGUAUCCAUUUCAACCCGGCCGAGCUGCCGCGCAAGCGUAUCGUCGGACUGCUCGCCUGCCAGCGCGACCCGCUACUGCAGGAGCUUACAACGCGCGUGGUGUCCGUAGCGCCUGCUUCCGCGGCACCUCUGGUUCAGAAAGGCCGGGCGAAGAAGAAGGACAAGGGCAGCGCGGCGUCCAGCGUCAACGUCACCGGCGCGAACACGCCGAUUGAGCAGGGAAAACUAUGGGAGGUCGAGCUGGAGGACACGAUCAUUUUUCCCGAAGGCAAGUACUUCUCCUUGAAGGCGCUGACGACAGGUGGCGGUCAGCCGUGGGACACGGGGACGAUGUACGUCGCUGAUGCGAACGAGACGCACGCCCUCCAGAUCGAGGGGUGCGUCCGGCGUAAACUCGACGCCGUGCACAUGGUGCGCGUGCCGCCCAGUUCUAACGUGGACCUAACCACGCUGGCGGGCACAGACGUGCGUGUCGAGGCACACUGGGAACGGCGGUUGGACCACAUGACAAUCCACACAGGACAGCACCUCCUCUCUGCCGUCCUGGAUACGCGCGAGCUCCCGACGCUGUCUUGGGCCAUGCCAGCAUGGCCGAGCACAGAGGCGCCAUACGUCGAGCUUCCCCGUGGUCUUACGUGGGCGGAAGCAGCCGAGGUCGAGGAAGAGUGUAACAGGCGUAUUCGGGAGGCGAGGCGCGUCUGGAUCGACUUUCAUGUACAGGGCGAUGGGGACGUGAACGGGGAGAGCGAGGACCGCGAGAACCGUGGCAUCCCCCAAGACUACACUGGUGGCGUCAUCCGGCAUUGCAACAUCGACGGGAUUGACCGUAACGCAUGCUGCGGUACACAGUGUCCCGAUCUCUCCCUCAUUGGGUUCCUGCACGUCCUGCCUCCCAGCACACCACACGCUGCCACCGAGCCGUCUUCGCGUGUCCCAACGCGCUUGUUCUUCGUUGCAGGUCCUCGCGCCGUCAGCCAUCUCUCGCUCGCGUCCAGAUGGCUCAGCCAGGCAGGGCAGGUGAUCGGUGUGUCACGGUCCGAACUAGUGCCGCGCAUCGAGAAGAUCGAGGCCAACCGGUACGAUACGGACGCGGCGGCCAAGAGUCUCAAGGCGGAGCUUGCGGGUCUCGUCGGAGGUGCGGCAGUGAAGAGUGGCGUAGCAUGGAUCCACCGCGCCGAGAAGAGUACGCACGACUACGACUUCAUGACCACUGCCGCAACCGCGUGGAACGCGGCUGGCGCUGAAGACAACGCCGUCAUCGUGUUCACGAGCACGCUGCCUGGUGUCACGCCCGCCCUGCUCAUGGUACAGGGUAAGGACGAGGCGCGGUCGAAGAGCGUGUUCGAGGCACUCAAGGUGGCGCUGGACGGUGCCGAUCCUGAUACUGGCAAGCGCGUUAAGGGUGGCGGUGCGCGAGGCCGCUUCAUGGCCAAGGUUGACGGCAAGUGGGGCAAGCGUGAGACUGAAGCCGUGCAGGGCGUCGUGGGCGGCUUUGCGGGUGUGUAA